UUUAUGACGAACUGCGCAUGCGUGGUGACUCUCCGACUUGCCGUAGAAAGCGAACGUCCUCAGGACGGAAAAUGUCAUACGUCAAACUGAUGUCGCUGUGCGCCGCGGCUCCGGGCCUGACUGGCGCCACCUGCGAGGCCGUGAAGAAGAGCACACAGCCGGCAAUGCGCAUUGACGAGCUGCCAUCUUUGUACAGCAGACCCCAGGAGCACUGGCAGCGUGUGGAGCCAGAGCAGGAGGCGGCGGUGGCGGGCCCUUUGGAGCAGAGCGUGGCAUCACUGAGGGAAUGGGCGCAGCCGUACGCAGACCAGUGUCAGCGAGCACGCCGCACCGCAACUGGCAAAGCUGAGGAAGUGUACAGAAGCGUGGAGCCCACCAUCGACACCACCGUCACCACAGUCAGCGACGUGUAUCACUUCCUCACUGCUCCUCCCCCGGACCUUUACCCCAGCAUGGCGGCGGUGGGCUUCUCGGGCUUGCUGGGUCUCUACUUGGCCAAAGGUAACCCCCGAAUAGUCGUCACAACAACAACAUCCUUCUUCCUUGGGGCAAUGACACGGGUCAAAGGUGAGGCGUGUGGCGUUUCCAGUGGGCCUCAUGGCCGUGUGCGCCUCCAUGUUCUACCCUCAGCAAGCGGCCUCCCUUGUCAAGGUAAGCCGAGACUCCGCGUACUCCUGGGUUCAGCGGGGUCGCGUCACCGUGGAGACGCUUUGGAAAGACCCGCCCUCUGGCAAAAAGAAGCCUGACAAGACGGAGCGGCGGGAGAGCGGAAGCAGCUGAAGGCGGACAGCGAAAAAAAUCAUCUUCAUGCUGCGUGGAAGGAAAGGUCUGCAAGGUUUCUUGACAAAAAGCUUGUGUAGCUGAGCGCCUAUUUGGCUAUGCUAAACACACACACACGCGCACACACACACACACACACACACACACUUCUCAUCACUUUACUGAUGUUUCUCGUUCGGCCACUCUUGAAAAAGUCACUCUUUGCUCACUUUGAAUAUUCUAUUGUGUGGUUUGGAUGUGAGUAACACACGAGCAAACACACACACACACACACACACACACACACACACACUCUCACACACACACAGCUUAAUUCUUUCUUCUCCCGCACAUGCCCACGCAGCCCUUCUAAAUGGCUUCUAUGUGAAAAUGUGCUAGAAGGAUUUCUGCUCUCAAAUGCUAUGUUUUAUUUAAUAAAAGACCGCUCAUUGUUCAUUCGGUGAACAUGCUCAAAACAUGUGACUAUUAGUUCCAUAGUGGACACACUAACACAGGUCUUCAACUUCCCCUAAAAUACAAUUAUUGUAUUUUACUUUAAACUGGUCCUUAAGUUACCUUGUUGUUGUCGUCAGGCCUGGCCCUAACCAACCUGGCGCUCUAGGCAAGAUUUUAGGUGGCAGUGAAGUGUAUAUACUCACAAGAAACCGAAUAGCUUUGUCUUUGACCUUUUUUUUUACUUAAAGAAAGCAAAUUAACACAUUAUAUGAGAAUGUUAUGUUAUGAUUAUCUUUAACCGAAUCACAGCAGUGCUCAAAUUAAAAAACGGCAUUCCCUCUCAUGUGAUAUUGCUUAACUAACAUUAAUGAUGUGCACCUUAACAACUAGGCUUACAACUAUACCUAAUAUAUAAAGGGGUGGAAAAGUGACUAUUACCUGCAGGGCAAACAUUAGCUAACCAGAAGGCAAUAACAAUGUAAAAAAAACCACCUGCUUAAAAGAUCUAAUACAAAUGUCCCUGAGGAAUGUAAGGUGGGAGUACUGUAAUUACCUAACGUUACAUUAUUAUUUUCCAUAACAAUUUAGCCCCCUCCACAAUAUUAACCCGACGUUAAAACAGAACUAGCUAUUUAUUGAUUAGCAAUUGCCGAAUCAUGUAACAUUAGCUUAAUGCUAAAAAGCCAGGUUACUAUCACAUUCUGUAACAGACAAAAAAUUUCAUGUAGGCUAACGUUACCUCCCUGCUACCUCUGUCUUUUUCUCGUUUCUCCUCCUCUUCUUUUCUCUUUUUUCUUCCCUGGGCACCUGACAGUUUUGGCCGUUUUGACAUCUUGUGUUGAUUUUUUGAUGUGGUAAGAGUCUUGA